AUGCACCGAACUACUCGGAUCAAAAUCACAGAGCUGAAUCCUCAUCUGAUGUGUGCCCUGUGCGGGGGAUAUUUUAUAGAUGCCACAACAAUCAUAGAAUGUCUACACUCAUUUUGUAAAACUUGUAUCGUUCGCUACUUGGAGAUGAACAAAUAUUGUCCUGUCUGUGAUGUGCAGGUGCAUAAAACUAAACCCCUCCUUAGCAUUCGGGCUGACAAAACAUUACAAGAUAUUGUCUAUAAAUUAGUUCCAGGACUUUUCAAAGAUGAGAUGAAGAGAAGGAAGGACUUCUAUGCAGCUCAUCCCUCAGCAGAUGUUGUAAAUGGUUCAAGUGAAGACCGUGGGGAAGUUACAGAAGAAGACAAAAGAAUUAUCACAGAUGAUGAAAUCAUUAGUUUGUCCUUAGAAUUUUAUGAAUGCAACAAACCAGAAAAGAAAGAGGUCCCACAGACUGAUGAAACAGACAAAGCUAACAGUGUCCGGUAUCUGCGGUGUCCUGCCGCAAUGACAGUAAUGCAUUUGGGAAAAUUUCUCCGGAAUAAAAUGGACAUUCCCAGCAAUUUUCGAAUUGAUGUUAUGUAUGAAGAUGAACCCCUCAAAGAUUACUACACACUCAUGGAUAUAGCUUAUAUUUAUACAUGGAGACGGAAUGGUCCUUUGCCCCUGAAGUACAAGGUGCAGCCUGCAUGCAAAAGGUUAAAAGUCAGUCAUCCCAAUGAGGAUUUCACCAACAUGAGUAUGAACUCAGAGAGUGACUCCGUGAGUGACAAAAGCAGCCCAGCCGCUGUUCCUUCCACAUCCUCUUCGCUGCCAAGCCCCAGCACGCCUGCACUUUCUCCCAAUUCGCAGUACCCUGCCACAGUGGACUCGGUCAUGAAUGGAAAUACAAACUGUCUCCAGAUGCUCCCAUCUGUACUCAGAGUCCGCAAAGUGACUGUAAAUGGCUUGACAGCUCCCACCUCCUGCUGA